AUGACCAUCGGAAUCUGGAUUGUGGUUUUAAGGAAGAAAACAAAUAAGGAAGAAGAUGAGGAGGAUUACAUGGAUCAAGUGUCAGGAAGGCCUAUGAGAUUUUCUUAUGAAGAGCUGAAGACAGCAACUGGGAAUUUCCAGAAAAAACUCAGAGAGGGAGGAGUUUACAGUGGCAUUAAUGGAGACAUUGCUGAACCAGUCGAUUUAUUUGCAGAUUUUUUGAGUGCAUGUGAUUAUCCCAAUGUCUGUGGCAAUUUUGGGCUCUGCGUGAAUGGACAAUGUUCUUGUCCUAGUGGAUUUCGAGCUGACGUUUCAAAUGAUCAAAUAUACAAUGGAUGCGUGGAAAUUAGCCCGACAACGUGCACUGAUCCUCGUUCCCAUGGAUUCCUGCCGCUUGCAGAUGUGUAUUACUUUAACUAUGUCGAUAAUGAUGCUGUAGUCCUCAAAGGAACCAAUGUGGAGAGUUGCAUAGAGGCAUGCUUGAAAAACUGUUCCUGCAAAGCUGCUCUAUUUCGAUAUUUUAAUUAUGUUUCACACGGGGACUGCUUCUUACCCUCCCCUGUAUUCUCACUUAUAAGUGAUGGAAAGGAAAGAAAUGUUUACCAGUCUUCUGCAUUUAUCAAAAUUUCGAAAGAUACGGCUAACGUAGCAGGGACUUCUGCAUCUCUUGGCCGAAGUGGGAUAAUAGCAGGAUCUAUUUCUGGAGCAGGGUCUUCUACAUCUCCUGGCCGAAUUGGGAUAAUAGCAGGAUCUAUUUCUGGAGCUCUAGCUAUCACUUUAAUGACCAUCGGAAUUUUGAUUGUGUUUUUCAGGAAGAAAACAAAUAUGGAAGAAGAUGAGGAGGAUUACAUGGAUCAAGUGUCAGGAAUGCCUAUGAGAUUUUCUUAUGAAGAGCUGAAGAUAGCAACUGGGAAUUUUCAGAAAAAGCUUGGAGAGGGAGGGUUUGGAUCAGUUUUCGAAGGAAUUCUAAGCGAUGGAGAGAGAAUUGCAGUGAAGCGCCUUGAUGGUUUAGGCCAAGUCUGUGGAAGGAAAAACUUGGAUCGUUCGCAACCUGAGGAAUUCAUGCAUUUACUUAGUAUGUUUAUGAAACAGGCAAAGGAGGAUCAACUGAUCGAUAUGGUUGACAAAAACAGUGAUGAUAUGAACUCAAAUAUCUCAGAAGUUAUUCAGAUGAUGAGACUUGCAGUUUGGUGUUUACAAAGAGAUUUCACUUGCAGGCCUGCCAUGUCAAUGGUAGUCAAAGUAAUAGAGGGUCUGAUGGAUAUUGAGUCUGCCUUAGAUUACAGCUUGUCAGAUUCAUCAACUAUGGUGGCAAUGAAAAGGGAGGCAGCAUUGGGCACCACAGUCACAUUGUUGCCUUCAAUUCUAUCAGGACCCAGGUAA